AUGAGGAGGGGUCGGGGGCUGCUCUGCGGCAUCGCCCUCUUCCUUCUGCUGCCCCCCGGAGGGGUCUCGGCUGCCUCCGAACCGCAGCCCGAGGUGGUGGUGCCGCGCCGGGCAGCCCCGGCCAGCCCGGGCAGUAAGGAGCAUCCACUCAGGACGGAAGUUACAGUAGAGGCAGAAGGCCAAGAGCUCAUCUUAGAACUGGAGAAAAAUGGAGACCUCUUUGCACCAGGGUAUACUGAGAUUCAUUACAGCCAGACUGGACAGCCACAGACCACCUCUCUAAACCACACAGACCACUGCUUUUACCAUGGGAUUGUAAGGGGCUGGGAAAACUCCAGUGUCACCCUCAGCACAUGCCAGGGACUGAGAGGACUUAUCAUACUGAGCAGCAAUUCCAGCUAUAUCUUAGAGCCAGUUCCCAACAGCUCAACCCAGCACUUCAUCUACAGGCUGGGUGACCUCAGGUUGCAGAGUGGAGCCUGUGGCUAUCAGGGCACCAGGGAUGCAGCUGAAGACUGGCUCAGAGACUUCACAAUGGGGAUGAAGACAGCAGGCCAGAGGGUGAAACGGGAGACCCUGCAGGCUGCAAAGUACGUGGAGCUUCUGCUUGUGGCUGAUUAUGCAGAGUUUCAGAAACAUCACUUCAACAUUGAAACAACAAGACUUAAAUUAGUGGAGGCUGCUAAUUACGUAGAUAAGUUUUACAGAUCCCUGAAUAUCCGGAUUGCCUUGGUGGGGCUGGAGAUCUGGAGUAAUUGGAAUAAAUGUGAUGUAACUGAGAAUCCCUACUCUACUCUGAAGUCUUUUCUGGCCUGGAGUAGCAAAGAGCGGGUCCACAGAAAACAUGAUAAUGCCCAACUAAUCACGGGUGUGACCUUCCAAGGUACCACAGUAGGUUUGGCUCCUGUGAUGGCCAUGUGCUCUGAUUUCCAGUCAGGAGGAGUCAACAUGGAUCACUCUGAUAAUGCCAUUGGUGUUGCUGCUACCAUUGCCCAUGAGAUGGGACACAAUUUUGGCAUGAAUCAUGAUUCAGCUGGCUGCUGUACUACCCCUGCAGAAAAUGGAGGCUGCAUCAUGGCUUCUGCAACUGGGCACCCAUUUCCCAAGGUGUUCAACCAGUGCAAUAGAAAAGAGCUGGAGAAUUAUCUGCAAUCUGGUGGAGGGAUGUGUCUCUCCAAUAUGCCGGAUACCAAAAAAAUGUAUGGUGGGAAGAAAUGUGGAAAUGGCUACUUGGAAGAGGGGGAGGAGUGUGACUGUGGAGAGGUGGAGGAAUGCAAUAACCCCUGCUGUGAUGCCAGCACCUGCUCCCUGAAGCUGGGUGCCGAAUGUGCUCAUGGAAGCUGCUGUCAUCAGUGCAAGUUGCUGGCUCCAGGAACUCCCUGCAGGGAAAGAUCAGGACUCUGUGAUCUCCCAGAAUACUGCACUGGGGAGUCACCAUUUUGCCCCCCCAACUCUUACCAAAUUGAUGGGGCUUCCUGCGACGGAGGAAAAGCCUAUUGCUACAGCGGGAUGUGCCUCACUUAUAAAGACCAGUGCUUGCAGCUCUGGGGGCCUGGUGCAAGGCCAGCACCAGAUGCCUGUUUUGAGAAGGUUAAUGCUGCUGGAGACAUCUAUGGGAACUGCGGGAAGGACAUCUACGGCAACUACAGGAAGUGUGGAAUGAGAGAUGCUAAAUGUGGAAAGAUCCAGUGCCAGAGCUCAGCUUCCAAACCUCUGCAGUCUAAUGCAGUGGCCAUAGACACAACUAUCCGCACACCGAGGAUGGAGCUGAGGUGUCGAGGGACCCAUGUGUACAGAUCUGAGAGUGAAGAAAGGGAAAUGCUGGAUCCUGGCUUGGUGUUGACAGGAACAAAGUGUGGAAGCCACCAUGUUUGCUUUGAGGGUCGCUGCCAGAACACGUCCAUCAUCUUUGAUUCUGAAAGCUGUAGCAAGAAGUGCCAUGGGCAUGGAGUCUGCAACAACAACAGGAACUGUCACUGCAACCAGGGGUGGGCUCCCCCAUUUUGUAACAAGCUGGGGAGGGGAGGAAGCUUGGACAGUGGCCCUCCCAUGCCUGGAGGUCCUUCAGUGGCUGUUAUAACUCUUGCAGUCCUGGCUCCCAUUCUCCUUCUUAUUGGAAUAAUGUUUUUAUUCUAUUAUCUGAAAUGCUGGAAUAAAUUUGCCAUCUGUUCUCUAAAGAAGAUGCCACAAUUCAGUGACACCUCUGGAAAUGGGCACGCAAAUCCUGCCUUCAAGUUGAAAACUCCCCAGGAGCAGAGGAAGGUGAUCAGCUUCCCUGAAAUCCCACCAAAAUCUCCUGCUCAGCAAGCUCCAGGGCUCCGAAUGAAUACACAGCAGCCACCCAGCAUCUCCCCUGGCUACAACUGUGUCCUGGGGCAGCCUGCUAGACCAGUGCUCCCAGCACCAGCAAGGAACAUGACCCAGAGGACACCCCCAAGCCGGCCAGCACCUCCUGCUCCUAAACCUCCUGUCUCUCAGGAUAUUUCUAGGCCCCGGCCACCCCAAAGAGCUUUGCCAGCUAAUCCUGUCCCAGCUAGACUCAGAGCCUGGCCUGGGAACAGCCCUGCCAUCUCACUGCCUCCUGCACACCUCAGAAGCCCAGGACAAUUCCAGACUGCAUCAGAGAAUGCUGGUCAUGGAACAGCUGGAGCAGCAAACAUCUUGAAACUGGGACAGCUGGGCUCCCGUGGGCACUCGUGAAGUGGUCUGUUCCCACUGGCUCUGAACUUCCCAAGGGACUGGAUGGCCUUUAUCACCAAAAAAAACCCCACCACAUUUGCAGUCUCUUGGUUCCUCUUCUCUAGCUUCACCUAUUUCCUAUGUGACUCAACAAGCUGUAGUCAAGCUUGGCAGGAGUACCACCAGAAACUGUGCCAGUACAUGCCAAGCUGAACUCAAA